GUUAGCCAAUGCACUUGUACCAGACCAGCGAUCCUCCUCAGAGAACGAUAUCAACGACUGCGGAAGGAAAAUCGGCCCCUUUAUCCCAUGUGUAUCAGUUCAAAUAUUUAGCUCUCUGAUGUCAGAGCGUGUUUGACAGCUGCAUGAGCCCUGCUGUGUUAGGCCCCGGCACAGCCAUCCACCAGCCUCCAGGCCCGGCACAGCCAUCCACCAGCCUCCAGGCCCGGCACAGCCAUCCACCAGCCUCCAGGCCCGGCACAGCCAUCUACCAGCCUCCAGGCCCGGCACAGCCAUCUACCAGCCUCCAGGCCCGGCACAGCCAUCCACCAGCCUCCAGGCCCAGGUACUCUUCUCCAGGUAGCAGCGGCCAGGUGUCAUGGAGUCCUCUAGCGAAGACGAGGAGGGCCGUACCUUCGUGCAGGUGGUCAGUGAGAAGUACAGCCCGGAGAACUUCCCCUAUUGCCGUGGCAACAGGAUGGGCGUGGUCCUGCUGCCUAGCCCCAAGGGCUCGCCUGUCAAAGACCGUCUGAACCUGCCCAGUGUGCUGGUGCUGAGCGGCUGUGGCAUCACCAAGGCUGGAGAUGAGGCAGAGGUCGCUGCCUUCUGUGCCCACGUGGUGGAGCUGGACCUGUCCCACAACCAGCUGCAGGACUGGGCAGAGAUUGGGACAAUCGUUUCAAACAUCCCCCGCCUGGACUUCCUGAACCUGAGCAUGAACCCCCUGAGCGGGGUGGAGCUGCAGCCCACCCUGGCCGAGGUGUUCUCUAGUGUCCGUCGCCUCGUCCUCAUCAACACGCGUGUCACCUGGGACACGGUGCACACUGUCACACGCCAGACCCCUGAACUGGAGGAGCUCUUCCUGUGCCUGAACGAGUUUGACAGCGUGAACGAGUCCAACACUCCCUGUCCAUCCCUGCGCCUGCUGCAGAUCACCGACAACCAGCUCCGGGACUGGCAGCAGGUCAGGAAGUUUGGGCCCAUGUACCCUGGCCUGGACACCCUGGUGCUGGCCAACAACAGCCUGACUUCUGUCCAGGAACCCCCAGACACCCUGGAGAGGCUGUUCCCCAAUCUGCGCAGCAUCAACCUCAACAACUCCGGGCUAAGUAGCUGGGAGGACAUUGGGAGACUUCAGUUCUUCCCGAAGCUAGAGGAGGUCAGGGUGAUGGGGAUUCCCCUGCUGCGGCCCUACUCCGACACAGAGAGACGCAGCCUCAUAGUGGCACAGCUGCCCACGGUGUCUGUGCUGAACGGGAGUGUGGUGACCGACGGGGAGAGGGAAGACGCAGAACGGUUCUUCAUCAGGCACUACCUAGACUGUCCUGAGGAGGAGCUGCCUCAGAGGUACCACAGCCUGGUGGCGAAGUACGGCCGCUUGGCCCCGUUGGUGGAGGUGGACCUGAGCCCGCGCUGCGCCCAGGUGGAGGUGCGCUGGGGCGAACAGGUGGAGCAGCUCAGCUUGAGGAUGGAGCAGACGGUGGCCGACCUCAAGAAGGAGCUGAGAGCCCUGGUCCAGCUUCCCGCUAACGGCAUGCGUCUCUUCUACAUCAGCCGGGAGCUGCUGGGCUCCUUCGGCCCGGAGGAGAUGAAGUACGGGUCCAGGGCACUCCACUCCUACAGCAUGCAGGACGGAGACGAGAUCCUGGUGGUGCCCAAACUGAAGACACGCUCCACCUCCUCUGGGUCCUCGUAGACACCCCAGAGUCUAUCCACCUCCUCUGGGUCCUCGUAGACACCCCAGAGUCUCUCCACCUCCUCUGGGUCCUCGUAGACACCCCAGAGUCUAUCCACAUCCUCUGGGUCCUCGUAGACACCCCAGAGUCUAUCCACCUCCUCUGGGUCCUUGUAGACACCCCAGAGUCUCUCCACAUCCUCUGGGUCCUCGUAGACACCCCAGAGUCUAUCCACCUCCUCUGGGUCCUUGUAGACACCCCAGAGUCUCUCCACAUCCUCUGGGUCCUCUUAGACACCCCAGAGUCUAUCCACAUCCUCUGGGUCCUCUUAGACACCCCAGAGUCUAUCCACAUCCUCUGGGUCCUCGUAGACACACCAGAGUCUCUCCACCUCCUCUGGGUCCUCGUAGACACACCAGAGUCUCUCCACCUCCUCUGGGUCCUCGUAGACACCCCAGAGUCUCCCAACUUCCUGGGUCCUUGUGAAUACUGACUAAACUGCUACUGAAUAAGAUUUUUAUGAGAUUACUUCUCUUCUUUUCCACGUGUGUUGUGGUUUUGCAUGGUCCUUACUCUCAUUUGAAGGGUUUUAAACAAGGUGGGAGUUUCAUAAAGAAACAGCUUAAUGUGACAGACUGACGAUAUACUCAUAGUAAGUGUUUUACUAGAGAUCUGAGUUUAAGCAUGUUUUUAUAUAGUUUUCCUUCUUCUGGCUCAGAUGACACUCGACCAAAUGAGAGAUGUCCUGAGAUAACCUGGGAGUUGACCUCACAAGGGCCAGAGUAAAGAAGUCUCCUAUCAGGUGUUGUUAAAAGGACCGGAGAACAGAGACCACCGGAAAAUGUUGACCUCAAUUCAGGAAGCCAGCCAGCCACGGAGACAAGAGUGGGAGUGGGAGAG